AGCGCUGCCUGUCUGCUCUGCCCGGUUAUCUGAGGGUGAAGGCGGCAGCAGAUGCGCCUCCAUGCUGCUUUAAAUCCGCUAAGAAGCCACUAGUCCAAUUAACCGAGGGGAGGCGGACAUAAACGCAUGCAGGCUAUUAAACUCUCCAACGACGAUGGAUAUGAGCGCCUCUCCGGCACAUGACGACUUGAAACGACAGAUCGCCAUAACAAAACAAGUUGGACCAGAAACGACUCAGUAUUUUCAGUGAUGUACUUUGAGCGGUGGUAGUCUCGGUGUCUGGGCUCAAACAUUAAGCCUUUAUAAGCUCCUGCAGAGUUGUGUUGUAAGGCCUGCGUCACACGGAGUUUCCUCGCUGUUUGUGGAGGAGCCUCGGUAACAUGGACACAUACGCUGAUGUGCUGCUUGUCACCGCAAAUGUCGGCUCACUCUUUGACAAUGUUGGUGAAAUUCAAAAUGAAUGGUUGCGAGAAUUGUAUAAGACGAUCCACAGCCACAAGCCGCAGUUCAUCGCCCUGCACUUCCAGGAGGUGGGAGGGAAGGACUACAUGGCCAACAUGGGCCACGCCGAAAACUUCUUUUGGAUCAUUGAAUCGAGCGAGGAAAUGAAAGACUAUGACAGGGUCUGCAUCUAUGUGGACAACCAGUUCCAAACAGAAGACAGUUUCACGGCUUUGGGGAGCAUGUACUUCAUCCACAAGACACUGAAAAACAUCCAACAGUAUGAUUUUAAUGUUAAGGAUUUCAAAGCAGUGUCGGGACAGACUAAGCACGUGGGCUCUCUGGACGGGGUCAGCACAGUGGAGAAAGAAAAAUUCCCAAAGAAUUUCUGGCCUGAUUUCAAGUGGUCCAGGAAGGGCUUCAUGAGGACCCGCUGGAUCAUACACAACCAAGGUCUGGACCUGGUUAAUGUCCACCUGUUCCACGAUGCCUCCAACCUCAUUGCCUGCAAAUCCAGUCCCUCCAUUUACUCGGCCAACCGCAAAAACGCUCUCAGAUAUGUCAUCAACAGGAUAUCAGACAGCCGGUACACUCCUCUGCCUUUCUUCCUGUUUGGAGAUUUUAACUUCCGUCUGGAUGCACUUAGUCUGGUGCAGCAUCUGUCCACUUCAGCAAAUGUGCAAACAGUGAAGAAGGACAGCAGUAACGAAGUAGAGAAGAUCAUCUGCGAAGAAAAAGACAACGACCACCAGGUGCUGCUCCACAUUGAGGACAAGCUGUUUGCCUACCUGCACCAGGCGGUUUUCAGGGAGGACAACGGCAGAGCGCUUUUGAAGUAUGACAAAGAAGUCGCAGUCUUUCAUGAUGUUAUUCGGGAAGAGGACAUCGAGUUUCCACCCAGCUACCCAUACAGUGAAGAGUAUACCAAACCGACCCGGUACAUGAACACUCGCUGCCCGGCCUGGUGUGAUCGCAUCCUCCUGUCACACACUGCCCAGGAAUUCAUCCACAGGGGAGAUGACGGAGACAAGAGCCUCGUUUACGACACAGUGGGUCCUAAUGUCUGUAUGGGAGACCAUAAGCCGGUUUUCUUGUUCUUCUCACUGAAGACGAAUGACCAUUGACUUGGAUCCUUCUCAAUGCUCUGCCACAGUAUCAGUACAAUGGUUACCAGCCACAAAAACACACUCGCAGCCAGCAGCGGGUCUCAACUCUGAAAUUCCCCGCUGUGAAAACCCCGUCGUCUCAUCACUGGAGUCUCACUAAAGACUGUCUCUCUGCCACAUACUGUCGACCUCAGCUCCAGAGCCACAAGCCCAGAUUAAUCUGCAGCUGGGAUGGAUUUCUGAUGCAGUUCUCACCUCACUCUCAGAUCUAAAGUCCCUUGACCUGAAUGCAAAGUGUCACACAAUAUAUUCCAUAACAUGUUAUUAAGCUGAUGCUUUUAUCCAAAGCGACUUGCAUACACUUCAAUUUUGCAGUCAUGCCUACAGGAGCACAUUGGGGUUAGGUUUCUCGCCCAAGGACACUUCAGCAUGUUGACUGCAGGUGUUGGGAUCGAAACUCUGACCCUCUGAUUUGUAGAUUACCACAUUAAGCCCCACUAUUCCUGCUUCCUUCAGUCUCAUGAUGUAAAGACUGCAGUGUGUAAUUGUUAACCAACUAUUUACUGUACAUGUAUGUGUAUGCAAACAUUCCUCCUUAUUUUAACAAAAGAUAUGCCAUUUUCUUACAGGCAGCAUCCGACAAACCCCAGCAAAGGCAUCAGAGAUGUUCCCAUACCUCAUUGGCCAUUUAGCAGACAGGUCACUGUUUCAGGUCAUGGCUUUCACCCAGUAGGUUUUAAAUUAGCUGUUCAUGUAGCUAAUCAGAAUCCAGUGUCGAGAAACAAAUCAUUUUGUAGCUAAACAUUACACCAACAUUAUUAUAAGGCUCUAAUAUUAGUACAACUUAAUACAUUUUUUACGAAGAUUUGGAUCAGUAUGCUUUUAUUUUAUGCCAUUUCUAGAUCACGUUUUCUUUUUAAAUGUUGUUUACUACAUCUGUAAGUAGAUUUUAUCCCACAUGUAGACACAGUUGAGGAAUGCUGCUAUGUCAGUUCACUGCUUACGUGUUUGGUCUGAUGCCCUUUUUAGAUUAAACAUAAUCUAUGAAGGUAUCUUACAUGUUAUUCAUUUUCUUAGCUACUUUCUCACAGUGGCUUUAUUCCUGUCACAUACUGUAUCUCUUAACUGAGUCACUUCCAGAUCUGGUUUUGUGUCUAACAAUGACACUAGAAUUUCUAGGCAUCAAGAUUAUGUUUUGAAUGCAGGAGUAGGAGCUGAAUUGAUUACCACAUUACAACAGAAUGUGUUUCACCCUGUUGAAUUUAAAGGUACAUUAUUUGUACCAACUUUACGUCAAUAACAAGUGCUUUAUUCCACAAGCUAUAACUCAUCAGUUUUCAUUUUUUCGAUUUUAGCAAUCCUCACUCGGAAAAGGUUUUCCUUACAGUUUGCUAAUGCAGACAUCUUCUCCUCCCUGUUCGGGUUGGCAUCAAAAUGAUUCCAUUGCCAAAACAAUUCUAAUGUAGGCCUCCCAUGUGUACUCGUAAAUGUUCCUAAAGAUGCCCUAUUAUGCUUUUUGGGGUUUCCCUCUCCUGUAGUGUGUUAUAGUUUUUGUGCAUGUACGGUAAAUACUCUGUCAACUCCAAAUCCCAAAGUUUCUCUCUCCACCCCCCCCCCCCCCGCCUGAAACACCUCCAUUGGACUACUUUGAUUACUUCUGUAACAUAGUGACAUCACUAUGUAACACUUGUGCUUCUAUUGGCUAGUGCUCCAACACAUUGUACGUGAUAGGCUAAGGGGCGGGACACCUCUAAGUGGUUGACUAAUCACAACAGAGCCGGCCAGCUAACCAAUCAGAGCAGACUGAGCUCUGGUUUCAGACAGAGGGUGGUGAAAAGAGGUGCUGCAGUACAGGCAGUAUGAGAAAAAUAAAGACCAUUUUGAACAAUAAAGCAUGGAGACAUGUCACAUUAUACAAAUAUGAACCUGGACAUGAGCAUAAUAGGGGCCCUUUAAGGGUUGUGGAUGCAUCAAUACCACAGAUUCACUUGAACUUCACAAAAUCCUGUAUACAUACAGUAUAUGUACGCGUGCACCCACACACAACACAAUAGGCACUGUUUGCUUUUGGAUUGAUUUUUGUUUUGUUUAGUUGAAUCAUAUAGUCUUAAACUGUAGCACCAGUGCUGUAUAAUAUUGUUGAUGUGUGAAAUGCUAGAAUGUUUGACCUGGUUUUAAUAAUGACUAAUUGAAUUAAAAAAUGUAAAAUAAGUUUGCUGAUUGUUACUUCCAUCCAUCUUCUUACACAUUAUCUGAAGCUAAUCCCAGCUGACAUGUAUUUUAUUUUAUUGUGUGUUUUGUGAUUCUUAUUUGGUCUUACACAGCUUGGUGAAACAAUAUAUACGUCAAUACAGGUGAUCAUAUCAAUGUUGGUCUGUCAGUCAUGCUCGCACAGUGGGACUGAAGCCUUGCCGUAACAAGAUUAAGUUAACAAUCAGUGAUGCAAAUGUUUGUGUGGAUUCAAGAGUGUGUUGGUGACAAUCUUGUAGCAGUUCACUUCAUUAAAAGGCCAGUAUUACCUUUAGAUUAACUCUGGUAACACUACAGCAUUGUCAUAUUUCACUUUUUCAAUAAAAUAUUACCCUCAUAAA